CUUCUGGCUACAAUGGUACUUCCCAGGACCGGGCUAGGGAGGCAGAGGGGAUUCACUAGCAGACACAGAGGGGCAGCCAGUCAAGGAAGAGGAGGAGUUAACAUCAAGAUGCCGAAGACUGAGGAAACUGUGCUCCAGAAUGAUCUCAGUGAAGUGGAGAGUGGGGCCCCUGAGCCUAAAACACCAGGGCAGAGCCCGAAAAGCAGGAGUUUCUGUUUAGAUGACCAGUCUCCUGAGGGCAGACCUGAUGCCUUUUCUGUCACAGAGCUGAUAGAGACAGUUAAUGAAGUUUCCAGGCUGAGCAUUGCACAUGAAAUCAUAGUAAACGAAGAUUUCUAUGUGGAAGAGACAAUUUUACCUCCAAAUAGUGUGGAGGGCACAUUCGCAGAGACAAUGCGCAAUGCUUUUUGGACCCAUCUGAAAGAACAGCUAUUGAGUACUCCUCCUGACUUUACCUGUGCUCUUAGACUUCUAAAAGAAAUUAAGGAGAUCUUGCUGUCACUGCUAUUACCACGGCAGAGCCGCCUAAGAAACGAGAUAGAAGCAGCUCUGGACACAGAUCUUCUCAAGCAGGAAGCAGAACAUGGGGCCCUGGAUGUCCCUCGUCUUUCUAACUACAUUCUCAAUUUGAUGGCCCUGCUAUGUGCACCAGUUCGAGAUGAAGCAGUGCAGAAACUAGAGACCAUAACAGAUCCAGUGCGGUUACUGAGGGGCAUCUUCCGUGUUCUGGGCCUAAUGAAAAUGGGCAUGGCGAACUAUACCAUCAAGAGUUUUCGACCCUACCAGCAGGAGCAUUCCAUCCAGCAUGAACAAGCUAAAUUUCAGGAACUCCUUGAUAAGCGGCCCAGUCUCCUCAGUUAUACCACAAAAUGGCUAACCAAAGCAGCCACAGACAUCACUAUGCUAUGUCCGAGUUCUCCUUACUCACCUGGCUCCUCCUGCACGGCGUGUUCACUUCCAAACCGGGCAGCUUACGACUCCGAGCCGCCCAGUCCAACAACGGUGCUAUACCAAGGCUACCUCAACCUCCUCUGCUGGGAUCCUGAAAACGAAGAAUUCCCCGAGACUCUGCUGAUGGACAGGAUCCGGCUCCAGGAAAUGGCAUUCCAGUUGCACCAGUUAACCAUUCUGGACUCAGUCUUGCUAGUGGCCAGAAGUUUCUCUGGUGGAGUUUUAUUCAGCUCACCUGAAUUUGUGGAUAGACUGAAAUGCAUCACCAAGGCCCUGACUGAGGAAUUUAUCUCCAGGCCCGAAGAGGCUAUGCUGAGUGUGAGUGAACAGGUGUCUCAGGAAAUCCAUCAAGGCCUCAAGGACGUGGGCCUCACUGCUCUGAGCAGUGAAAAUACAGCAUCUCUUCUAGGCCAACUCCAGGACAUCGCCAAGAAAGUGAACUGCAUUCGUAGCGUCGUUGAUCAGCGGAUCCGUUUGUUUCUGAAAUUCUGUUUGCUGCAUGGCAUGAAGGAGUCUCUGCUACACUUUCCUAGAGGCCUCAUUCUCAUUGAAAGAGAGUUGGCAGAACUGGGCUGGAUGUUUGUCAGUCUGAUGCACCAUAAUCAGCAGUGACCGAGUCUCCCUGGAUCACUCAGUCUGGAGUACAGUGGCGUGAUCAUAGCUCCCUGCAGCCUCCAGCUCUUGGUCUCAGGCUAUCUUCCCACCUCUGCCUCCUGAGUAGAAGACCCUUUCUGAUUUCAGUUUCUGUUAGUAAGUUCUACUUUUGUUUCAUCACGAUUGCAAAGGGUGGGUGGAAUAUUUCUACUUCAAGGAAAUUAAUGAGGUCUUCACUGUGAGAUAAUUAUAGUCGUGUUUCAUUAACAUGCCAUCAGCUUCUGACAAGGUGGUUUAUUCUUCAUUUCCAAGGUGUAGAGUUAUGUGUGCAUGUGUGUGUGUGUAUCUAUGCCUAUGUGUGUAUACACACAUACAAUGUAUCUUAUUAAUUAUGUUGUUUAGAUUUUCUGUAUACAUCUCUUUAUUGUACCACCAGAUUUGCCUUGUACUGAGACUUGCCAUGUAUUAAAUCUCCUGUUACUACUGUGGUUCAACGUCUCCAUACUUUUUGGCCUUACGAAGGUGGAUGCUAUGGUAAUUUGUGCAUAAAUAUUCCUAAGUAUUAUAUCUUCACUGUGAAGUUUCAAUUUUAACGUUAACAUGUAAACUUUGUCAUUAAAAAAAAAAAGAAGAUUUUUAGCACCUGUUUUCUUAUUGAGCAUUUUACUAUCUGGUCCACUAGUUAGUUUUUAACCUGUAGUCUCCUUCGACACUCAUCUACUGCCUUAUGAAAGAAAAAAGUUUACUAUGGUUUUUCCUAUCCCUCUCAUUUCUCUCAACUUACUUGCACUAUUUCUUUUUUCCAAAAUAUAAAAUAAAUGCACAUUAGUCGUUUUCCUUGCUCCACCUUCAUAUUGGUAUUAGGUACCAAAAGCUCACCCUCAGAUGUUUUAGGGAAGAUUUUCCUGUCAUUACCUUUGGAAUGACAAUCCCAGUUCACCCUUUAGAAUAUAGGUUAGCAAACGUUUUCUGUAAAGAGCCAUAUAGUAAAUAUUCCAACCAGUGGGCCAUAGUUUGUAGACCCUUUCUCUAGUGUAGUCCUCAGGAAGUGCUGAUGGGUACAUAAUUUCCGAAGUUCCUGUCCGAUUUUCUAUAAACCGUGAUAUUUGUGAAGGAUCAGCUGAGCUGGAUAUCAAAUCAUUACUUCAGACUUUUUUAAAGUCCGUUUCUGAGUUUAGCAUUUUAAAUUAUAUUCUAAAUCAAGGCAGGUUUUAUAAUCUCAAAUGCUUCUUUGAAUGGAAUUAAUUCUGUUUGGAGGGUUGACUUACAGUUGUUGUUUUUUUCUGUCUCAUGGUUGUUUAAUACGUGUGAACUUUUUUCUUCUGCUCUUUUUCUCUUUCUGGAACGAUUUGUAAGGAAUUCUCCUUCCUUUUGUUCAUUUAUAUGAUAUUGGAUUGUUUUUCUGGAUUCCUAUUUUAAUGGUGCUAUUUUCUGUCAGUGUAGAAAAAUUCAGGCCUUAGAUUUACUGAUUUCGUUUGUUUAUUUUGGUAGUGGACAAAGAAGUGAUGAGAGCUGUGAUUCUGUGAUUGUCCUAUGUGUUUCAAGAUUCUUCAUUUUCCCCUUGUUUCUUUUCCCAUCAUUACCAAAGUGCCAAAGCAUGCUUCUCCCUUGCUGUCUGCCCUUACUCUUCCCCAGAAGCCGUGCAUUUCAAAGAGUACUUUUUUUCUUUUCUCGAGACAGAGUCUCGCUCUGUUGCCCAAGCUGGAGUGCAGUGGUGUGAUCUCGACUCACUGCAACAUCUGCUUCCUGAGCUCCAGCGAUCCUCCCACCUCAGCCUCCCGAGUAGCUGGGACCACAGGCACACACCACCACACUCGGCUAAUGUUUUAAGGUUUUGCAGAGAUGAGGUCUCACUAUGUUGCCUAGGCUGAUCUGAAACUCAUGGGCUCAAUGAUCCUCCUGCCUCGGGCCUUUCAAAGUGAUGGGAUUACAGACGUGAGCAACUGCACCCAACCCAAAGACUACAUUCUAAGAUCAUCUCUACCUCUUUACCUUACACCUAUUUUAGAGGCCCUUCCCUAUAGUCCCUGCUCUCAUUAUCUGGGACACCUUUUCGGUGUUUUUUAGACUUAGUAUGGGCCCAGUCAUUUUAACUGUAGUUUCAGAUCAACUUGCCUCUUCCUUUCUCUGUAUCUCUUGCAGCUUUUCUUGGUCUGUCUUUGCUUGCCACGAAGCCUGGUGAUGGGAGCAUGACAGAUCACGUGCUGGUAUUUCAUGCUUUUUCUCUUUUUACUCGUUACUAAAGAUUUGGCAUUAUCCGUUUCUAAGUAACGAUGAGGAUGUGGCUUCUGUAUAGAUUUACAUCAUCUUCCUUUGUGAUUGGUUUAUAUCCUUUUCACAGGAAACAUUGGGAGGCAGGUGUCUGGGUGGUUAGACGUUGCCUUCUGCUGACUUACAGCUGAUUUUGGAUGGCAUUUUAUCUUAUCUAAAUGUGUGUAUGUGUGUAUACAAACACACACACACAAACACAGACAUUUAUACACACAUACAAGUCUUUUUCUAUUCUAGUAUAGUUCUCUUGAAGUGGCUGUUGGAUUCACCCUAGAUUUGUUCGAUGCGUAUUUCAUUCAUUACUAUCCUUGGUGGCAGUCAAGAGACUGUGGAAAUCUUCUCAGGAUUUGUUAAUGCUCCUCACCCUAAAGCAGGUUCGUGAAGAUGGACCCAAAGGCGCCAGCCACACUGCUAGAGCUUGCUGCAUGGGGUCUUCCGAGUGAAGAGCUUGCAGCUCUCCAUGCUCUUGAGGAGCUCCCAUGGGGCCUCUAUGUUCCAUUGUUUAUCAUUGCCUUCUUGGGAGGGCAGAAGAUGAAACUGAAGGCCAUGGUGAGGAUUUGGCCUUCCCGUUGUCUCCGUGUUGGGCCACUGAGUGUACAGAGUCACACUACGAAAUCUUGGGAGCCACGACUGAUGGUCUGCAUAUCUUCCCUGCCCAGAACUCUUCCUCUUGGUAACCCUCUGUACACUGGAGACAUAGUGAGUCAUCAGGAGGGUAUGCUGGAGCCUGAGGCAGGGGAUGGCCUAACAGUCUCCUAAAGGUAGUUGAGGGUGAAUGCUGAGGAUCUCUGUGAGGUUGGUGGUCCAACACUUGAGGUCACCUUAAAGACUCUAAUGUCUUACAGAGGUGAUUAUGGAAUAUAGGUGAUUGAGAAUGCUAUUGAUGGAUUUACCUACUGGGUGUGAUUACAUAGAAGAACAACAUGGGCAUUGAGACUGGGGGGAUCAGAGGAGAAGGAAGGAUGGGGAAAAUAAUGAAAGAUGUUGAGUUUGUA